GUGACGUAUCCGCUACGUAAGCUUUAUCAGGCGUCUUCCCCUGCGCCGGCCUUCCCAGUCGCUCGGCUUCUUGGCGGUAGCUGUCUCUUCGGCCUUUUUACUUCUUAAUUUCCAGGACUUGAAUUUACUGCCAUGUCCUCUGAAGAAGGGAAGCUUUUCGUUGGCGGGCUCAACUUCAACACUGAUGAACAGGCUCUGGAAGACCACUUCAGCAGCUUCGGACCUAUUUCUGAGGUGGUCGUCGUCAAGGACCGGGAGACUCAGCGAUCCCGGGGUUUUGGCUUCAUCACCUUCACCAAUCCAGAGCAUGCCUCAGAUGCCAUGAGAGCCAUGAAUGGAGAGUCUCUGGAUGGUCGUCAGAUCCGUGUAGACCACGCGGGCAAGUCGGCCCGGGGAACAAGAGGGGGUGCCUUCGGGUCCUAUGGGCGUGGUCGCAGCUACUCUAGAGGUGGUGGGGACCAGGGCUAUGGAAGUGGCCGGUAUGACAGUCGACCUGGAGGAUAUGGAUAUGGAUAUGGAAGGUCCAGAGAUUAUGGCGGCAGAAGCCAGGGUGGUUAUGAGCGCUACUCAGGAGGAAAUUACAGGGACAAUUAUGACAACUGAGAUGAGGCAUGCACACCUAAUGUAGAUACACAAGGAAUAAAACUUCUUCUGAUCCAGGACCAUCCCUCCAAAUGGCUGUAUUUAUAAAGAUUUUUGGAGCUGCACUGAAACAUCUGUUCUAGUUAUAUCAACCUCUUUUUGAAUUGAGCUCCCAAGGUAGCUUAUUAAAGACCUUUCAGAAAGUUCCGUGUGUUUUUUUUAAAUUUUUCUUCCAUUUAAAGGCAAAUUCUGAGACAUUUGUAGAAUCUGAAUAUUUUUUCCUUUUUUACCAGUUUUUUAGUUCAGGCUCUCAGGAUUAUUGGUUCUGGCAAAAAAUGUUUGGCCGGACUAAUUUUUUUUUUAAUAAUGUGCAUCUAGGGACAUUUUAAAAACCUGUACACAAUGUUUCAUCAUGAUUAGAAGCAAUUUCCGACUGUAACUAUAAGAACUCAAGGACAUGAUUACUUAGAGGUGUUUUUUACUCCAGAUCUCUGCCUUGAUUAUAUAGAAGUUUCUUAAAGAUA